AUGCCCGGGGCCAUGGCCGAGACCAAAUCGCACACGGGCGUUGCCGUAGAGGUCAAGCCGCUCGACUAUUUUGAGAAGAUCACCAAGACGCCCGACUCGGCCUUGCGCGCCGAGUGGCCGGUCGGCCCGUGGCCGGCGCCCUGGUUCAGGGGCCUGCAUUCGUGGUCGAUGUGGUUCGCCACCGAGCCGGGUGUGUCGCCAAUGAUGGCCAUGUAUGCGCCGUGGGUCUCGGUGGUCAUGGGCCUGCUCGAGGUCUUCAUCAUGUGCUGUUUGACCACCGAGAUCACCAUGCCGGUCUGCACGUCAUACAAGGGCCACGGCGACUGCCAGAUCGGCAUGUUCUGCGAGGUGGCUGACCGGGCGUCGCACACCGUCGGCGGCCUUUGCCUCGACUGCAAAUACUCGCGAGAAGGGGAGCACAUGAACGGCGAUCCGCUGAGCGCAGCCCUGGCCGCCUCGGCUGCGAUACAGUGCGCCAACGACGACCCCGACUCGUGCGAUGCGCUCAACGACCGGCGCGUCACCAUCGCGGCCUUUAUCGUCGGGCUCGUGUAUCUCUUCAUCUUUCCCCAGUCAAUCCUUAAACAAAUGGAUCAGACGGCCAACGAGGAGCUCAUGUUCAACUACCGGGUGAAGAAGAACGAGGCCGCGCUCGGCUGGCGCGCCUCGUACGGCAAGCUCGCGUAUAUAUUUUUCGACACCGUUGCGUUCCUCACCUUCGCCUCCAUCCUCAAGAUCGAUCAGUUCUUUCUCUACCUCUUCGUGCACGGCCGCUCGUUCGACGACGCCGCGUUCAAGGCCGACCUCGCCGAAGCGCGCAAGCAGGCCCCGUUCAACGGGCUCUCCCUCGCGUUUCUGGGCCGGCGCUUCUUCGGGCUUGGCGCGAUCAUCUACAUCUGCAUCUACACCUUCGACACCCACAACGUCACCGAGGCCAUCAUGGGCACCACCGAGUGCAACAAGGUGCUAGACGGCAUGAUGUACGGCGCCCUCGUGCUCGUCGCGCUGCACGGCGGCACGGCGGUGUUCGCCAAGCCUCUGCUCGAGGAUUCCGCGCUGCCCAAGACGGCCGGCACGUUCGCAUUCCUGUCCGUCAAGGCGGUGAUUGGCGUCGUCAUGGGCGGCGGCAUCUUCCUGGCGAUGGUCCAGCUCGCGAUGGCCCUCUCGAAAGAGGUCAUGUACGUGUGA